CCGUGACGUCACGCACUACUUUUAGUCGACCGCCUGAUUUAUGUACGAAUCGUUCGGACGAUGUGAUCGCGAGGGAAAAAUGAGGCGUAAAUGAGCGAUAACGAACGGAACACCGAACCGUUUGCGCAAUUGCAGUGCUGGUUUAUGACACGCGCUCUUUGGGACAUAAUCCGCGGGAAAAAGCAGAAGCUCGCGCGUGUUUGUUUGGCUAGUCAGUCGUGACUAAAUGAAUGUUUGAUUUCAGCACCAGCCCGAGGACAGCACGCUAGCAUGUGUCUUUACUAUAGUAAAACGGUGUAAACGCCAGUGUGUCGUGGAGAUCAGCGCGGAAUGGCAUCGCGGUGGAUCGCGUUCGUCGCUUUACUGUGGGAGUUGCAGUGCUGCGUGUGCCGUGAGGUCACUCUUCCCGCCGGGCCGCUGUAUCGGGUCGCAGGUUUCUCGCUGUCCCUGCCCUGCGCCGUUUCGGGAUACGAAGGUCCACGGAUGCAGGAUUUUGAGUGGUAUCUGUACCGGGAGGAUGCUGAGGGUCGGCAGAUCGGUGUGGUGUCCACACGGGACGCAGGCUUUCCGUAUGCGCCGUUCCAGGGUCGCGUGCAGGCCGGCGAGGUUCGAGUCGAGAGGGAUUCGGGCGACAAAGCCAGACUGAUCAUCCAGAGGCUCCGUUCAGACGAUCAGGGCCGUUACGAGUGUUACACGCCCAGCACUGACUCCCGCUUCCUAGGGAACUACAGCUCAUCAGUGGUGGUCAAAGUGAUUCCCGACACGCUGCUCAUAACACACUCUCGCAUUCUGAGCGGCCAACCCGUUAUCGAAGGCACGGAGCUUCAGCUGACGUGCGCCGCGUCCGUCCAAUCGGAUCAGCACACUCAUGUGUCCGUCACAUUCGGCGUGCGCAGCAGCAGGGGCCCGGAGUCUCAGGGUCACAACCUCCGAGAGAUCAUUGGCAUCGACCGCGAGCUGCGCGUGACACCGGGCCGCAGCGGCGCCUACGGGAAGAGAUACGGGGAAGGAGAGAUUGCUGUGGAGAAGCGGAAAGGGGACGGAGGCCGGGAUCUGUACGUACUGAAGAUGAGCGCUCUGGCACCCGAGGAUUCUGGGUCGUAUUUCUGCGAGGCUGCGCAGUGGAUCAGAGAUCCGGAUGGCAAAUGGGAACGCAUCGCACAGAGGACGAUGGAGCUCGGGAAUCUCACCGUUCAACCGCUUGUGGACACACUGAGUGUGCGCUCUGUCCCGGACGGUGGUGUCUCUCUGCGGCCCGGCGCUCCGCUCCGCCUCCGCUGUCAGGUGUUGGGUGUAGGUGCGUGGAAGCGCUCGGCGCUGCAGGUGCAGUGGAUGCGGCGCGGGCUGGAGGGCGGUGUGGAGGUGGAGGUGGCGCGUGUGGAUCCUGACGGCGUGGUGGCCUGGGGUGAUGAUCUCAGCAGGGCAGGAGGAGGCAGCAUGGAGAAGGAGGCCGACGGGAGCUUCUCUCUGCGCCUGUUCUCCGUUCGCCCCGCUGACGCCGGACUCUACCGCUGCGCUGUGAGCGUCUACGCCGGGAGGAAAACACCAGCACCGGAGAGUCCCGCCACGAUCACACAGAGAUCAGAGUGGGUCACUGUUAGCCUGAAGACUGAAGAGGUGCGUGUAUCUGCUAGCAUUGAUUUGCCGCGCCGGCCGCUCCUGAAGCAUGGCAGCACCGUCACCCUGCUCUGCAACGUCUUUGUGGAAGCCACCGGUGCUUCACGAGUCGAGGUGCAGUGGCUUCAGAAACCCGAGGAGCCGGCGAGGAAAGACGGCACGCUUUCUGAGGACAGCAAAGGCCGGCUCCUGGCGACUCUGAGCUACGACGGCCUGACGCGCAUCUACAGCAACGGCAGCGACGUGAGCGUGGACCGUGUGUCUGCUGGCUGCUUCAGGCUGAGGAUCUUCUCGGCCGCUGAGGAGGAUCAGGGACACUAUCAGUGUCGAGCCGAGGUUUGGGCGCAGGAUCCGCGCGGCGGAUGGUACAGCACCGGCACUAAAGCCGAGUCAGUGACCGUACACCUGUACCUGUACGCACGAGUCACUGAUCUGCUGCUCUUACCUCUCGUGAUCGGCGUGUCGUCGGCGCUGUUUGUGGGCAUAUUAAUUAUUGCCACUGUGACGUGCUGCUUCAUGAACAGACUGUCUAGACAGCGCUCCCGCAUACGGAAGUAGGAAGUAUGUGAGAGACUUUCAUGGAAGAACAUUCAAUGACUUGAAUGGAGCAAAGAAAACGGGUUUUAAACAGGUAUUUUGGCAGUCUUGACAUAAUGUGCACUCACAAUUGGGAAGGAGAUCAAAACAGUUGCUUAUACACAAACACAUGUAGAUUCACUUCAAGCUGUGACAUUGUGAUUUGCACUGUUUCUAUUCACUCCACUUUGACAAAGUUGAAUAUUAAUGUCAGAAUGAAUGAAAGGACGUCUGGACUAGAGUCUCAGUGCAGGUAUGUUUCGAAAGAACCACUAAUAAUAAAUCCACAGAUGUCCAGCACUGAAAUCACUCACUGCUAUGAAAUGUGCUCAUAAUUCAAUGUAAGAUCAACAGAAUACUUGUUAGUAUAAAACACUUUUACAGCACUUUACGGCAUGCCAUAUUUUUUCAUCUUUUCAAUUUUUGUGAUAGAAUGAAAUGCAUUGAAUAUCCUGAGCAGUUCCAGUGAAAUGGGAGCGAAUCCCUCUCUAGUGCACAUUUGUUUUUCAGUGACGUGUUCAUAAAGUUAGUUCAUUCUUAUGUUCUGUAUUGUAAAUGGUGAAUUUCACAAAGAAAUGUCUGGGUCAGAUUUUACCCCAAAAACUUAAAGUGAAAAAAAUAUCUUUUGCAUCUGUAAAUUUUUUGUUUGUUUGUUUUUUUGUUUUUUUUCUCACUGCAUUUACAGGACCAGAGUGGGACAUGGACCAAAUCUUGUAUGUUUGAAAAUCAUCCCAAUGUUAAAACCAGUUUGGCGAUUUUAUACUGUAGUUUUACUGUUUUGUGCAUCUGGGUCAUUCCACAAAACAGGUGCCUUUGUGUCCCUCAUUAACAUGUAAAUAAUGACUCCAGCAAUGAGUUUGUGUUUCCAGGUUAAAAUAUUGUGCUAUUCUCUACCAAGGACCAGCAUAUGUCUCCUCUUUAAUCAAUAUUUUAUAUUUUGAUAGCUUUCGCAGAAGGAUACAAUCUAACAUGCUCAAACCUGUGUCUCAUUUUAUUAUAUCGUGAAUUCUUUUUGAAAAAUUUAUAUUUUUAGCAAUCUCAUCCACUUAUCCUGUUGUGCCAUAGUUACAUUCCACCAUUUACUAAUUUAGCUUGAGAUAAUGCCAUGCAAUUAACACACUCUGUUUAAUUUGCUGUAAAAAUCAGCUUUUUGAAAUGGAAAGCACCCGUUUCAUAGAAUGACCCAUUUGAUAAAGUAGUGUUUUUUGAAGAAAUGCAUGAUAGAUGUACUGUUAUUACUGAUUUGUUUUCUCCUAUGCAUUCACCAGAAUAUGGGUUAGUAACCAGCAGACAGACGGUAGGUUAGAUAAAUGGACUUGAAUCAUUGCGAUUGUGAUGUGUUAGCGCUGAUCUUUCUGCAGUCGCUCUCUCUGGGAUUGUACUAAUGUGAAAGCCACAUUAACAUGGAAAAAAUGGAUUCUGUGUUUCUCUGCUUAUUUACAGUGUUCAGACGCUGAGAUCUGAUUUAUCCUCUUACGCCACGAGACUGAACGCUGAGAGCAGAAUAUUCUCUGGAUAUUAAUCCUCUUGUUUAUGGUCUGAAACCUCUCAUAAAACUGAAUUUAUGCAGUUGGCCUGUAGCUAUCUUGUUCUCUUUCCUCGUUUGUGAUGUUUCUUCAUUUUAAUUGCAGCGUUUAUACCAGAGGUGCCCAAACUUUUUAAUACAAAGGACCAAAAAUCAGAUUUGAUUAAGGACUGGGUGAAAAUUCCAAAUAUAUUAUAUUAAAUUAUAUUCAA